CAGAAAACCCACAAAUAAAUGGCAGACUACAAAAAUAGUGCACUUUCUGACGGCAAAUUAUUUUAAACAAGUUUAAAAACUCUUAUAAUGUUUAUAAACUAUUUGUUAAACAAAUAAACAAUUUCAAACUUGAAGUGAAGAUAUAUUUUUGGUAAACAAAUCUGAGAUUUUAAGUACAAUAUAAGUGAAAAUAGAAACAAAACAGAAUGCCGUCCGGUGGGCCAGUGUAUCAGCCCACAACGGUUUCUUAUGAAACCCGACCUGGAGGAUUACUGGGACAAACAUCAGCAGUCUCACCAAUGAAAGUGCUUAAAAAACCAAUGCCUCAAGUAGCACUGUUGCUCUUUGCUUUGAUAUCGAUUGCUGCUGGAGUUGCAAUGAUAGCUAGUGGUGCGGCAGAUUUUGCCGACAGCGAAGAGCACAAGGAAGAGUUAGGAAUUGAAACGGUUGAGACAUCGGAAGGUAUUGACAUUGGUGUUGUUACGGGUGGUAUUUUCAUGACAAUAAUUGGUUUUUGUUUAAUUGGUCUUUACAUAAAGGUUGCUGAUUGGAGACGCAACUGUGUAUGUCCAUGUUAUUUCAGCAAGAAGCAAAGCUUAGCACGGCAAUUGCAAGGAAAUACAGGUGGACAAAUUUUGGCAUUGAAUCCAUCAACUGAUCCUUUAGUGUCGCAUACUCAGUAUGCCCCUGUGUCGGAAUUACCGCCAAGGCUAGAAGAUGAGGAGCGACGUAAUUUAAUGCCCGAUAAUAAAGAAUGCCUAAGCAGCGCCGAAGAAUCUGAUCGAAUGCUUGAUCCGGACCCAAGGAUAGUGCUGCGUCCAAUUGGCCGUGUCGAAGAAGCCUAAGCAGAUGAUGUGAAUUUUUAUUUACUUAAUGAACAAAUUUAUUGUUAUUUUGAGACUAAAAAAGCCAAGAGCAAAAAAUCAAUUUAUCUCGAAUUUACAAAAAAAAAAAAAAAAAAAAAAAAAACAGAUUUGAAUAUCGUACGUAGUCCAGACUUACGAGGUUGAAAGCAACAGAAUAGAAAUCAAAUUUUAUUUUAUUCUGAUUUGUUUCUUAAUUACACUUAACGCGUUAUUAAAUAUUUAUAUUUACUUUGCUUGAACGCACCUUUCUGUGUAUUUAUUUUUUAAUGCAAACAUUCAGAAUUUAACUUAAUAGGGUGUAAUUUCCAAAUGGUAGUAAUUUUACCAACUCAAUACUUAAUAUUAGUUCAAUAAGAGCAUUUAUCAUUAAUAACAAUUUCCAAAAUUAUUAAAAACAAAAAAUAAAAUAAAAUAUGUACGUAAGAAUUAACUUAAAACAUAUAUUAUAUUUUUUAACGUUGACGUCCAUUUUACUUAGCAAAAACAAAAUAACUCAAAACAGCCGAACAUGUUAUGAAAUAAAAACAAAAAACGAUUUAAUCUCCACAAGUAUCUGAUUAUACAAUACAACAUGAAAUUUAAUAAAAUCUGUCCAAAAUUGUGUAUCUUUAAAUGCAAAAUACAUUGUAAAUUAUUAAAACAAAAACUCACACCGAAAAGAAUUAUAUUUUAAUUUUGCAAAGACUGUUUUUUUUAUAUAAAUUUAUCUUAAUUUAUUUGUUUUUUAGCAUCUUUUUUUUAAUCCCUAGUUUGUUAUAAAAUUAUGUUUUUAAAAUCAUUAACAAUUAUUUCAUUUAUUAAUAUUUAUUAUUUGAAAAUUCAUUUUCCUUUUUUAUAUAAGCUAACUAGUUAGUCCGGAAUUAUAAAAUACAAUACAGAGCGAGAAUGCGCCAAAUAAAAUUUGAAAACAAAGCCAAUCAGUAACAAAAAUAAA